ACUUUCUUUUUUUUGCCCUUUCCCUUCACUUUACUUUAGCGAAGAUAAUAAGCGUUCGUAUCAGAGGUUCGCGUUAUUUAUAGAUAGUUAAAAAUUAUAUAAAAUUCUGGAUGAGAAAUGCACCAAUAUUUCAAAAGACUAUUGACCGUUCUCCUGUGAGAUCCAGAUAUUCAAAUUGAUCUGCAAAUAAGAUUUAAACGACUAGUAGAAGGCUUAUCCUACACAUUGUAGUGUAAUUUUGGGUUUUAUAAACUCGAUUUUCAUUAAAUUCGACAUUCAGUAAAUAUGACCGAUACUUUGAAAUCAAAUAAUCACGUCAUGGGACUACCCAACGCAGUAGAUUAUGACAAUAAACUGGAUGACUUGGGAUGGAAAUCGAAGCUGAAAAUUCCACCAAAAGACAGAAGAAUACAGACUAGCGAUGUUACUGACACAAGGGGUAACGAAUUCGAAGAAUUCUGUUUGAAAAGAGAAAUGCUUAUGGGAAUUUUUGAAAAAGGUUGGGAAAAACCGUCUCCCAUACAGGAAGCCUCAAUCCCGAUAGCGUUAUCUGGAAAAGAUGUACUCGCCAGAGCAAAAAAUGGAACAGGUAAGACUGGUGCAUACUGUAUCCCUGUGCUGGAACAAAUUGAUCCGAAAAAAGACUGUAUUCAGGCGCUUAUUAUAGUGCCCACAAGAGAAUUAGCAUUACAGACUUCACAAAUAUGCAUCGAACUGGCCAAAUACUUAGAAGUUCGUGUUAUGGUGACAACAGGAGGUACAAAUUUGAGAGAUGAUAUAAUGCGCAUAUACCAAAAAGUCCAAGUUAUAAUAGCUACACCGGGUCGUAUAUUGGAUCUGAUGGAAAAAGGAGUUGCGGUAAUGGAUCAAUGUAAGAUUCUCGUACUGGAUGAAGCCGACAAAUUGCUUUCUCAGGAUUUUAAGGGCAUGCUUGAUACUGUGAUUAAAAACUUACCUCAAGAAAGGCAAAUAUUGUUGUUCUCAGCAACAUUUCCAUUGACUGUUGAACAGUUCAUGAGAAAACAUUUACGUGAUCCGUACGAAAUUAAUCUAAUGGAAGAACUUACUUUGAAAGGAGUUACGCAGUAUUAUGCAUUUGUCCAAGAAAGGCAGAAAGUACAUUGUUUAAAUACUCUAUUUUCAAAGUUGCAAAUAAAUCAAAGUAUUAUUUUCUGUAAUUCGACCCAAAGGGUUGAAUUAUUGGCCAAGAAAAUCACAGAACUGGGUUACUCUUGUUACUAUAUUCACGCGAAAAUGGCGCAAGCCCACAGAAACAGAGUAUUCCACGAUUUUAGGAAUGGUUUGUGUCGAAAUCUAGUCUGCUCAGAUCUAUUUACCAGAGGUAUUGAUGUACAAGCAGUGAACGUUGUGAUCAAUUUUGAUUUUCCGAAGAUGGCAGAAACAUACCUACAUCGCAUAGGAAGAUCAGGUAGAUUUGGUCAUUUGGGUAUAGCAAUCAACUUAAUCACCUACGAUGACAGAUACUCACUACAUCGUAUCGAACAGGAACUCGGUACAGAAAUCAAGCCGAUACCGAAAGUCAUCGAUCCGAAAUUGUAUGUUCCCAAAGUAGAUGAUGAAGAAAUUGAAAAUACCAAGUAAAUAAUUGUGUACAAAUAACAGUGUGACUUCAUUAUAAAAAAAAACAAAAAACUUGAAUCAUGUAAAUAUUUAAAAAGGAAAAUACGGAACUGAAAAAGUACUUUUUUAAUUUUCCAUUAUCAAAGAAAAUAUUUUUUUGUUUAAAUUUUUUAUACAAAGUGCAAAUUUAUGGGAAUACAAUCUUUAAUGCAGGAGUAAUAUUGUGAGAUUGUGUGAUAUUUAUUGAUGCAAAUGACCAGAACUUCUGUAGGUUAUGAAAGUUGCAGUCAAAGGCAAAAUGUUUAUAUUCUUAAACACAUUCAAAGGAAUGUAUAAAAACAAAAUUUAAAUUACACACAUUUUUUAAAUUUUUCAACUAUAGAAAUAUACAGUAAUAAUUCAUUCCAGAACUAUUAAAAUUUUAUCAUCAGUUGAUAUUAACUGAAGGGUUGAAAUUUUCAUAAAGAAAAGUAUGAUAUUAUUUGAACUACUAAAUUAAAAAGAUUAAAUAGUGAUCGGUAGUGUCAAAUAUAUUGUCAAUUAAAUGGUAAUCAGUUUUAUGGUACAUUUAAAAAGUGGUACAUUUGUCCAUCGAAAUGGUAGAUUUUCAAAACAUUCUAAUAAACAAGUAAAACAUAAAUUUUAUUAUGCAUUUGAACUAAACCACUUGAAUGUGUAUAUCUGAAUUAUGACUGACUAAUGAUAAAUUGUGAUAUUUAAUGUACAAAUAUUCACUUAAGAAUCAGGCAUAGUGUUUAUCAAAGUUUUAUGCAGUUGAAUGUCUUUGGAUGUGCUUGAAAUAUUUUUUUUACUUUCACUUAACAAAAUCUUGUUAUGUACUUUUUUGUAUAUUUCCUAAAAUGAUUUUCAGCUCCAGCAUUACUUUCAUGUGGUUGAAAUAACAUUAUUUCCUAUACUUUUUAUCUAAACCUAAUCAGUUUGCAAAAUAUUUUUCAGUAACAAAAAUUUUACCAGUGUAAUUGAACUACCGUGAAUUGUACUCCAAAAUUAUCAAUAGUAUACUAUUAAGUGUAAGAAAUAUUCAUGAUUGUGUCAGUUGUACUUGUAAGAAAAUAUUGUUUACUUGCCUAGUUUUAUGUAUAAGUUCUGCUCAUUUGCAUUUAAUACAGUAGGGAACUUAUUCGGACAUAACGCAGGUGAAUUUUUUUCAGGAUGCUUGUUAUAGAUUGUGAAAGCGUUGGAGAGUUUAUAGUGUCAUGUAACACCUUGUCUGUGAUAAAAAAUUUUCAAUUUUCAUAACAACUCGUUGGUAUCUUUUCAAGUAAAAUGACUACAUUUAUCAAUGAUGUUUAUCAAAAUAUUUCAAUCUCACGCUCCGUAAUUACUAUUAAGAUAUUUAUAAUUUUUCUAAAAGUGUUACUAUAUGAAGUUUGCUAAUGCGUUUUAUAAUUAUUUUGUAUUGGAUUCUUAAUCAAACUUUAUUUUAUCGCAUACUUUUUACAUAGAUCACUGUGAAUAGACAACUCCAAAUUUGAACACGUCAUUGUUAUAAAUAGAUUUUAGUGUAUUUUUUUUAUACCAAUGAAGUUAGUCUCAUAUUAGUGCUACUGGUUCCCGUCAUAUUUAUUAUUUAACUUGUCCCAAUCACAGCUCUUUUCAGUCAUAAUUAUUCAUAUCAAAAUGUGCUCAUUUCAUUAAAUGAUCUUAAGAAAUGGCUGAAAAGUAUAUUUAUUUUCAAAUAACUAUAAUUUAAAAUGAUUAUUUUUCAUAAAAUUAAUUGAAACAUUAUGAAAACAAUAUCUGCCAUAACGGCAAGCAGAACGUUGUGUUGGUAGUUUUCUUGGUAUAAGAAUUAGUUUAAAAUGUGAUACGAGUAACGAUCAAUGGUAACCCUCUAGCUUUUCCAUUUAUCACGUGACAACAUUUUUCUCAUUUCCUGCAGUAUUCAUUAGUGAUCAUUUACUUUACGUCGCUAGUUUUAAACAUAAAAAUUGAUUUAUUUUUCACUUAACUCUAAUCAAAUAUAAAUUAGGGGGACGUCUCAGGAGAGAUGCGAUCUCAUAGGCACAAAGAGUAGGAGUAGGAACUGUCAACUUUCUUAAUUAUUUUUUCAAAAUAUUUGUUUUAUAAAUGUUUCAUUUGGUUUAAGGUUAAACUGUCUAAAUUUUAGUGGUUUCUCGAAAUUUAUAAGAUUGUUGUAUAAUGUACGACCAUCACCAAUUUACUUCUUCAAUUUUGGUGCCCGAAAAUAGAUUUUAUGUGUUUUUGCUUGUAGUUUGCUUUGCCGAAAAUUAGCAUAUAAUUCUGAAUCCAAUUUAUCUCUGGAAAGCAGUUGAAACACAGGAGUGAAAUGUCAAUUGAAUCUAGAUUUUUAAUCCCAAGCCUUUAUUUAUAAUUUCCUUUCUGGAUAGGACCGAGAGCCUCGAUUAGCUAUCAGGUACACAAAAAAAUUAUAUGGACAGAAUUUAUGUACAUAAAUUUUUUGUUAAUAGUGUAUAUUGAAACACUCACAUUGUAUCCUCUAGCAGUAGUUUGUCUUGAUCCGCCUCUUCCAAGUUUUUUUGCUCAUUUGUCUUUGCUCAAAAUAACUCACUAAGUUCUUUAUAAUAGUAUCCAGUAUUUCAGUGGGAUUAGUUUAAAAGAUCUGUAAGUGGAGUAUUUUGAUUUGUCUAAUUUAAACUAAAGUUUUUUUUAUAUCUUUUGAAUACUGCAAAUGGCAAAUAUUUAAUUUUUUUAUUAACUUCUUAAAAUGAAAAUUUAUAAUUAAAAAUAUGGAAAAGAUGGGGCUCGUCAAGGUAUUGGUAAUAUAAAAUUCAAAAGGAAAAUUCCUUUGAUUCGUGUGCUGCAGUGACUAAAAUUCUUUCCAAAUGUUGAAAUAAUAAAACUACAUUUUUGAAGGGAAUGAUUUGUACAAAAAGGAAUUUUCUGAAAUUCUUACCAGAUUAUACUUCUGAACUAUAUUAAAUGAAGAGCUUAAGUUCAUUGAACUUUUAUAAGUGUAUCAAAUUUUCAUUUGACUCUAUCAUGACAAUGAAUAUUUAUAUAGUAACACACUUCAUGUAAAAAUUAUCUUUAGUAUACAAUCGAGUUGUUUUUAACGCUCUCCAACCUUCUUUUUGAAACACUUUCUGUUACCCACGUGGUUUCAAACUCUCCAUUUCGACUUGUUGAAAAAAAUUCAUUCAAACAUAUUGUUGAUUAUACUACCGGGAGAGUUGCGUCCAUCAAAAUCUCCGUUUCUCGGUGGUACCGUUUUACAAUAAGCGUUUUGGUUGAUAAUGAGAUAUCUCUAGAAGAAUAUUUAUUGUUAUGGACUAGAUAUGCUACUUUUGUGCGAGGAGAAAAAUGACUCUGAUAAGUGACAAAAGUGAUGCGAAAAAAUGGUUAUCGGUAAUUUUGUGAUAAGUGUACGCUCAAAAUUUUACUUAGGAGAUUUUUUAUUUGUACCAGUUGUUGAUCUUUCGACUGGUUCUUACUGAAAACGAUUUUUAAAAGAUCUAUUAUUAAAUAUGUCUAAAUUUACGACAGGUUUAAUAUUUGAUUUUUAUACGAGAUUCCAGAGACAUAUUUAAUAUUAUUUUGUUUUGUGAUAUUGGCGAGGAUGUUCUAAAUUCGACAUUUUUAUAAAAUUUUGUCAGAUCCAAUUUUUUAUAUGCAAUCUCAAUGAAUCAUAUGUUUUUUUUUAAAUCUGGGGGGGAAUAUCGUAUUUAUAUCAUCAUGAGUUGUUAUGUGUCUGCAAAAAUCAUUUUUCAUGAUCAUUAUUUAUUUUUUACAUGCGGGUAACAAUUUUUGCAUACACGCAACAAAAAUUAUUUUGUUAUAAAAA